AGAAUCUUUCUUGUGUUCACAGGAUGAGGAGAGUGUGCGCGAGUGCUGCAUGGUAUGUUCUCUGGAAGGAUGUGUGACGUCAGGACAAGGUCUUCCAGUGGCAGAGGACAGGACAUCCAGGAGAUGUGAGCAUGAAGGUCUUUUCUGCUGAGUGGUUGCUCGGAUGACAGUCAGACCCUAUUCCAUCCUCUUCAUCAUCAUCAUCAUCAUCAUGGCCCCUGGUGGACAAAACACUCAAGAGGCUGAGGAACGUGACCAGAGCGGAGAGGGCUUCCUGUAGGCUGUCCAGCUGAAUGAAGGAUCGAGGCCACGAGGAUCGUACCUUGGUGCGCUCUUAGCCCCCCACCCCCCCACCCCCCACCCCACCCCCCCUUUCUUUCCAGGCAGGCAGGAUGGAGGACAGGAGCUGGGUGUGUCUGAGCCCCGCUGAGUUCAAGCAGCUGCAGCAGUACAGCGAGUACUCCACGAAGAAGCUGAAGGAUGUUCUGGAAGAGUUCCAUGGCGAAGGCGACCUUGCCAAAUACAACCCUGAACAGCAAAUGGACUAUGAAGGUUUCCAGCUCUUCAUGACUUCCUACCUGGACAAGAACAUCCCUGACCAGCUGUGUCAGCGCAUUUUCACCUCCUUCAAGAGCAAGACCGGAAACAUCUCUCCUGAACACCAACGUCCCACAUCACACAACCUGCUGGGCAUGAAUGGUAGAAGCACCCCGUCUGUGAUGUUGGGACACCGCCCCGAGAACACGGGCAGCACGGGCCCCGCCUCGUCCCCUUGUUGGUCUCGCUCUUCCUCAUGGAGGUCCACGGCCGAGGCUGGCACUCCGGAGGGGCCGUGCCGCUCCCUGUCUGGUCGGGUCAGACCCGACGACGCCCUGACCCCCGACGUCAAAGCACCCAUAUCGCCCCUGUCGCCCCCCAAACCUUCCCCCGAGAGAAGUGAGAAAUUUCCGUCCUUCCCAAGGAGCCUGUCGCCCCACAGGGGGUCCCCGCAGCCCCAGGUGGUCUUUCUCAAGGACAUCGUCUGCUACCUGUCUCUCCUGGAGCGCGGGACGCCCGAGGACAAGCUGGAGUUCAUGUUCCGGCUCUACGACAGGGACGGUAACGGCGUCCUGGACAGUUCUGAGCUGGACCGCAUCAUCAGUCAGAUGGUGCACGUGGCCGAGUACCUGGAAUGGGACUCCACAGAACUGGAGCCGAUUCUGAAGGAAAUGAUGGAGGAGAUCGACUACGAUCGAGAUGGGACUGUCACGCUGGAGGAGUGGAUCCGAGGAGGCCUGACCACCAUUCCCUUACUGGUGCUGCUGGGCAUGGACACGAACGUUCAGGAGGACGGUCAGCACGUUUGGCGCCUGAAGCACUUCAACAAGCCGGCCUACUGUAACUUGUGCCACGCCAUGCUGCUGGGCGUACGCAAGCAGGGCCUCUGCUGCUGCUUGUGCAAGUACACCGUGCACGAGCGCUGCGUGUCCAAAAACAUCGCCGCCUGCAUCAGCACCUAUGCCAAAUCUCGUAGACACACACAGGCCUUGCAUCACGUGUGGAUGGAGGGUAACUCGCCCAGCAAGUGCGAUCGCUGCCACAGGAGCAUCAAGUGUUACCAAGGCCUCACCGGCCUCCACUGCGUGUGGUGCCACAUCACUCUGCACAACAAAUGUGCUUCUCACCUGAAACCUGAAUGUGAUGGAGGAGCCUUGAAGGACCACACUCUACUUCCUUCUUACAUCUGCCCCGCUGUCCUGGACCGCCAGACUGUGGUCAAACGUAGCGAAGGCGAGUCGCCGCCGAGCACCAGCCCAGACGAAGUCGCCCACACCUUGAAAUUUUCCCCGGUAGAAGGACAAGCGUUGCAGAUCUCACCACUCCCAGGCACGCACCCCCUGCUGGUGCUGGUCAACCCCAAGAGUGGGGGUAGACAAGGAGAACGCGUUCUUAGGAAGUUCCGCUACCUUCUGAACCCGCGGCAGGUGCACAGUUUGGAGCAAGGUGGCCCUGCAGCCGGGCUCAACUUCUUCCGCGACGUUCCCAACUUCCGCGUGCUGGCGUGUGGCGGUGACGGCACCGUGGGCUGGAUCCUAGACUGCAUAGACAAGGCCAACUUGGCACAGCACCCACCGGUGGCCAUCCUCCCUCUGGGCACGGGCAACGACCUGGCACGCUGUCUACGCUGGGGGGGAGGUUACGAAGGUGGCAGCCUGCUGAAGUUCCUGCGAGACGUGGAGCACAGCAGCGAGGUUCUCCUGGACCGCUGGAACAUCGACAUCGUGGCCGAGGACAGGCGGGACCAGGGCGACCCGGUGCCAUACAACAUCGUCAACAACUACUUCUCCAUCGGCGUGGACGCGUCCAUCGCUCAUCGCUUCCAUGUGAUGCGAGAGAAGCACCCUGAGAAGUUCAACAGCAGGAUGAAAAACAAGCUGUGGUACUUUGAGUUUGGCACCACAGAGACUCUUUCUUCCACCUGCAAGAAGAUCAACCAGUGCAUCCAGGUGGAGUGUGAUGGCAUCAUUUUGGACCUCAGCAACGCGUCCUUGGAAGGCGUGGCCGUGCUCAACAUUCCCAGCAUGCACGGAGGCUCCAACCUGUGGGGCGAGACCAAGAAGAGGAGGAAGUACAAGCGCAUGAGCAGGAAGGUUCCUGACAGCAGAACCCUCACCGACCCCAAUGAACUCAAGUUUUGCAUACAAGACUUCAGUGACCAGCUGCUGGAGGUGGUGGGUCUGGAAGGUGCCAUGGAGAUGGGUCAGAUCUACACGGGACUGAAGAGCGCCGGACGUCGGCUGGCUCAGUGCACCAGUGUAACCAUCAGGACUUCGAGACCACUGCCCAUGCAGAUUGAUGGCGAGCCCUGGAUGCAGACCCCAUGCACGAUCCGCAUCACGCACAAGAACCGAGUUCCCAUGCUGCUGGGUCUGCCACAGAGGACACCGUUCUUCUUCUUCCACAAGCGCAGUCGGGACUAAAAGGCGUCCACAAGCGCCACUAUAUUUUAAGACGCGCCACGAUGCCUGCUGAGAAGAAGUUCUUCAUGAAGGACACAAAGCUGCUGCUUGUGGCCAGAAGAAGAAUACAUUCUUCAUCCACCAUUCAAGAUUUUCUUGGAACAACCACGAAGUGUGGACUUGAAAUGUUGCGAUCAGAUCUUGGAAAUGCUCCAAUCACCGGACUUCCUCUCAGGGACGGACUUCCAGACCUGUGCCUGUCUCAUUGGUCCAAGUCCUGCAGGACUCCUUCUAAAUCUAUCCUACCUUUUCACUAUGGAAGGUCACAAGGACAUAAAGAAAUAAUUCUUAAAAUCAUUUUUAAUGUGUCAAAAAUUCAUUAAAAUUGGAAUAAAUAAACAAAUGCAUAAUAAGUUAAAGUAAAUUUGUUUAUGUUUAAUUAUUUAACAAUUAAAACAUUUGUAAUAAUAAAAAAAACAUAACAAUUUAAUUAUUUAUUUUUCAUUAUUUCAUGUUUUAAUUAAUUAUUUCAUUGUUCAAAAAGUUUAAAGCCUUAUUAAAAUAUUGAUUAAAUGGGCAACAUUUUUGUAUCGUGAUUAAAUUAAGGGAUUAUUUAGGCAAUAAUUUAAAUAUUCAUUUUCCCAAUUCAAUUAAGUAUUUAAUAAAUGUAAUAAAUAUUUUCAUAUUUAAUUAAUUAAUUUAUGAUUUAUUUAUUUAUUGUUUUAUUUUUUAAUUGUGAAUGUUUUAAGCCUUAAUUAUUGAUUGAAUUGACAGUUCUUUUGUAUCACGAUUAAAUUAAGGAUUUAUUUUAGCAUUAAUUUUAAUAUUUAUUUUUACAAUUCAAUUAUUUAUUCUAUUAACAAUGUAUUAAAUGUUUUAUAUAUUUAAUAAAUUGAUUUACGAUUUAUUAUUUCAUGUUUGAAUUAUUCCACAAUUUAAUAGAUUGUUAAUUUAAAUUAACCGUUUUUAAUACAUACUUUUUUCACGAUUGAAACAGUAAUUUCAACAUUUAAUUACUGUAAUGAUUUGGCAAUUGAAUGAUUUAUUCAUUAUUUAAUGAACAUGUGUGUCAGCAUUAAUGAAGCGCCGAGCCACACAUUUUUAAAGUAAUUGAAUCAUGAAAUAAUUUAUUAAAAUUUUGAUGUAAAUAGUGUAAUAGUUAAAUCAAUAACUGAUUGCAUAUUGAAUUAAUGAAAUACAUUGUGAAAUAAUUCAACAGUAAAAACGUUAAAUGUUAAAUUAAUCAAUGACACGUCAUCACACAUUUAUAUUUUUUUAAUUCCAAUUUUAAUGAACUAAUGACACAUUCAGGUCAUUAUUUAAUGAUUUCAUUCUUUAUUUUCGACCCUCCAUGAAUGCUUCACUGCCAGAGAAUGUCACCAACAUGUCUGCACUGAUAUCAAUAAUUAAUAUUUGUAAAUAUGAUCAUAUAUACAGUGCAGAGAAAUUUAAUAUUUGGUCACUUUUUAAGGCCCCUUCUUUUUCCUUCUACUUUUUUCAUAUUUGCACUAAAACUUAGAGAGAUUAUCUUUCCUUCCACAGCAAAACCCAUAAAAAUUAAACACUAUCUUUCCAAAUAAUUAUUAUUGUAGCACCUGAAAAAUAACUAGAACAUUUGAUAGGCCCGCCAUCUGUGCCCUGGACCUCUGGCCGGGGGUUGCCGUACUUUGAAGAUGGUGCCUAGUGUCCGAAUCCGUGUGUUUUAGGUAUAACUGGACAAACUGAGCGACAGAGUUAGCCUAAAAUGUUAGCAUGCACACAUUAAAAUGCUAACACAUAGCAUGUGUGCUCACAUUUCAAGUAACACGUCUGUAAGGUGAAUGGCUGUGGAAAUAGAUGAAAAAGUUAUUAUGCUUAGGUUAGCUUGCUAGCAUGGUAUCGUUUGCAUGACUCGAGUAAAAGGUUGCAAAACUAGCUCAAAAAGUUAGCAAGCAAAUGUUAGCAUGCUAUCAGUUAGCAUCUGUCACAUACCAAGUUAUAUGACUGUAAGGUGUAUGGCUGUCUAAUUAGAGAGAAAAAAAUUAAAGUUAGUAAAAACGUUAGCAUGUUAAUAAUAAAAGUUAGCAUGCUUACGUUAGCUUGCUGGCAUGCUAUCGUUUGCAUGCUAACAAUUAACAAGUGUCACAUACCAAAUUAUAUGAGUCUGGAUUAAAAGGUAGCAAAACUAGCUCAAAAAGUUAGCAUGCUAACGUUAGCAUGCUAUCAGUUAGCAUAUGUCACAUACCAAGUUAUAUGACUGUAAGGUGUAUGGCUGUCUAAUUAGACAGAAAAACCAGAGUUAGAAAAAAAUUUAGCAUGUUAAUAAUAAAAGUUAGCUUGAUAUCAUGCUAUCGUUUGCAUGCUAACAGUUAACAAGUGUCACGUACCAAGUUAUACGACUCUGGAAUAAACUGUAGCAAAACUAGCUCAAAAAGUUAGCGUGCUAUCAGUCAGCAUGUGUCACAUACCAAGUUAUGACUGUAUGGUGUAUGGCUGUCUAAUUAAACAGAAAAAAAACUAAAGUUAGCAUGUUAAUAAUAAAAGUUAGCAUGCUUGAUUUAGGUUGCUAACGUUUGCAUGCUAACAGUUAACAAGUGUCACGUACCAAGUUAUAUGACUCUAGGGUAAACUGUAGCAAAACGAACUGAAAUGGAAAUACAUAAAAAUUGUAUCAUGCUUAAGUUAGCUACCAAGUUAUAUGACUGUAAGGUGUAUGGCUGUCUAAUUAGAGAGAAAAAAACUAAAGUUCGCAUUUUAAUAAUAAAAGUUAUCACGCUUUAA